GUGGCUCACCAGCAGCAUGCUCAUGUCUCUCUCACUCCCUCUCUCCCCUCUCUACCUCUGGCACUCUCCUGCUCUCUCUCUUACUCUCUCUCAGUGUAAGGGGGGAUUCUCGGUAACCAGCUGUAGCUUAAUGUGAUCCUCACUUCUCAUCAUCAUUUCAUCGAUGUAUUCGUUUUUUGUAUUUUUUUUUCCUUCUGAAUUAAAUUGCUCUGCUGCCGGUGUCACAGCUGACUUCCAGUGUGUGGAUGCUACCAAGGUGCACAAAAGGUAAAGGGAAUGGAGGAGAACUUUUAAGGCUGCUAUCAGUGCACCUUUCCCUUGAAUCUAGACACUUUGGAUUGUUUUAUUUGCUGUUGAGAGACUAGUCAACAAUUGGGGUAUUUUCGUUGUAGUAGAUGACUCAUUUAGGUUAUUAUCCCCAUCGAGACUGCUGGAUAUUUACAUAUAUAUAUAUAUAUAUAUAUAUAUAUAUAUUAUAUAUAUAUAUAUUUCCCCUUUUGUUCCACCUACGUUUUUCACCUCUCAGACACUCUGUAGAUUCUGUUGGGACUUUUAUGGAGUGUGAAAUUUUUGCAGUAAGUGUGAAGUUUGGAGCUGCAAAGUGAGACAAAGCAUGGCUGAUGGAACUGCAGCUGAGUGUUAAACUCUUCUGUCCAGGGAGGCAGUCCAGAUAUGACCACAGUGUCCAUGGAGCCUAUAGGAGUCCUCGUUGAAAGAGGCGUCAAUGCCACCGAGCCCCCUCUGAAUACGCAUGAAGACACAGCCGCCACCUUUACCAUUGGUACCAUCCUCUCCAUCAUGUGUCUCGUCGGAGUCUCGGGGAACAUCUACACUCUGGUGGUCAUGUGCCACUCCAUGAGGACUGCAGCCUCUAUGUACAUCUACAUCAUAAACUUAGCUUUGGCAGAUCUGCUGUAUCUUCUCACCAUACCCUUUGUAGUCUGCACACACUUCCUAAAGGGAUGGUACUUUGGGGACGCUGGGUGUCGGAUUCUGAUCAGCAUGGACUUCCUGACCAUGCAUGCCAGCAUCUUCACGCUGACAAUCAUGAGCACGGAGCGCUACUUUGCUGUGCUCAAGCCACUCGACACAGUCAAGCGGUCUAAAAGUUACCGGAAGGCCAUCGCUCUGCUGGUCUGGGUUGCAUCUCUCAUCCUCACCCUACCGAUGAUCGUUAGCAUUCAGCUAAUGACAGUGGGCAAUAAGGCUAUGUGUCAGCCCACCUUGUCACCACUCUCCUACAAAGUUUACAUCUCAUUCCUGUUUUGCACAAGCAUUGUUGCACCAGGACUGAUCAUUGGCUAUCUCUACAUCCAGCUUGCACGCACUUAUUGGGUUUCACAGACGGAGACCUUCAAACAGACGAAGAAACUUCCCAAUCAAAAGGUGCUGUACCUGAUCUUUACCAUUGUGCUCCUCUUCUGGGCAUGCUUCCUGCCCUUCUGGAUCUGGCAGCUGCUGGGUCAGUUCCACCCCUCACUGUCCCUGUCCACCAAAGCCAAACGCAACAUCAACUACCUUACCACGUGUCUGACAUAUUCCAACAGUUGCAUUAACCCUUUUCUGUACACGCUGCUCACCAAGAACUACAAGGAGUACCUGAGGAAGCACAAGCGGUCCUGGACAGCCGGCAGCUACUUUAACAGGAGGAGUCGCUUUCAGCGGUCCCCACGCAGGUCGCCAUCUUCCAGCAGUCAGCAGUGUACUGAGAGCUUUAUGCUCACACACACAGCCUCCCUGCGAGCACAUAACAGCAGUUUGUAAGAUGAGCUGUUCUGGCUAAAGAAGAGGAAGAAACCUGUUGGAGAUGACACAAACAGUAGCAGACCCUGAACUCCUCAUCACCACAACCAUGAAACAGGAAAAUCUGUGUUUCUUUUGUAUUUGCAUAACAGCAUUGUAUGCUCACCAGCAGGAACUCAAUGAGAAGCAGUUUGCUGCUGUUUGAGAUUAUGUACAAAAUAGACAUCUGUAAUUAUUUGUCACUCCCAGAACAUCCUGUGGCAUGAGGAGACAGAUCAGCAUCUUACAUAACCAAACAGAUAUGGUUUCAGCGUUUCACCUUUCUCUUAUGUUUCUCUGUCAGUCUGACUGGGCAUUGUGUUGGCCCACAUGUGAAACAUGUUAUUUUUUGGUGAUUGAGAGGAGUGGUGGAGUAAUGGUGUUGAGGCACAUGUGAGGUGAGGGUAUUGAAGCAUCAAUAAUUUGAUUUACAAAAAAAUGAAGAAAUUAUAUUGUAAUGUAUGACAAGUUGAGGUGGGAAAAAAUUGUGGUAUUUUAAAUUCAUGUCCAUGACAGAUGAAAAUGUAAGAAAGAGCUUGAGCUGCAGCAAAUGAUAGCUUUUGGAGGACAUCUGAAAUCUUCAGACAGACAACAGCACUGAAAAAAGACAGCCACCUCAUUCAUUUGAAUAGGACCAACAUGUCACUCCAGAAAAAACAACAACAAAAACGCAAGGUUGUCCCCCAAAACAGCUGAAUCUGGUCAAAUGCAUUAUAUGGAGGAGACAUGCCACUUUAAAAGAAUCCUCAAUACAACUAUAUAGGGAAAGCCUGUAACGCCAAAGAUGCCGAUUAUCCCGCCCCUCCCGCUAGAAAACUAAUUGUGUUCUUUUAAUAGCCGAAGCGGGAAACAUAUUACAGGCAAUUCUUGUGGUUCGACUGAUGUAAGGGGUCUAACGCAUGCGCAGUAGUAGUAUAACGGGUCAGGAUAAUGCUUUUUAAAUCUUAUAUUGAAAGUCGGCAAACAUUUUCAGCAAUUUUUAUCAGAUUUUAUUGCUGUUUCUAGUCAUGUCCUGGUGACCAGUAAAAGUGCAGUUUACUCUCUCCCCAUUCAUUCAGACAGGAGCCUGGUCUUUUUAGGUGUUGCCAAGAUUGCUGCCGAAUGGCAUGACUUGCCUAUAAGGACUUUGACCCGGCUCAUCAUAAUGUGACAUCAUCCAGCAAGAUGCAGCAAUCCUAUAAUUGCAAAAGAACAUUCCCAUACUUUACAUUUGAAAAUGUCAAAUAUCUACUGUUUACCUUGCAUUCGUCUAGACAAAAGAUAGACGAGAUAAGAUUGUUGCCGUGAUAACUUUCCAAAGUUGAAAAAUUCUUUUUCAUGGUAUUAUAAAUCAAAAUCUUUGAUCUGCUCUAGUGCAGCCCUUGCAAAACAGUGCUUUCUUUGGUCUGAACGCCCAGUACAGCUGGCGAUGUUGUGUAUUUUUCUUAUUGUUAACAAAUCCCAUGAAAAGUCCAAAAACAGCAAUGAAUGGAUCUUACUAACAAGUAGUACCUUUGUAUCCAAAGCCUGAUAUAACUUCCUUUGUACUAUAAAUCUGUCAACAAGCCUAAGAGUCUACAGUCAUGCCAACAGCUCUGUGAGGCUGUACUUAGGCACAGCAGUGCUUUGAGCUAAAUGCUAAAGUCAGCAUGUGAACAAGCACCCAAUGACUAACCUGAGGAUGUUUAUCAGGAUUUACACAAAUCAUCUUGACGGUGAUAUGCAUGUCUGCACCAAAUUUCAUGAAAAUACAUUUGACAGUUGUGGAGAAAUUUGACAAAAAAAGUCAACCUGAUGAUGAUACUAGAGGACAGGUCAGAGGUUCACCACAGUCUUUAGGAUUCAUAUUGGAUGUCCUAAAUAUAAUGACAAUCCAUCAAAUAGUAUUGAGACAUUCCAGGUGGCACGGCGGUCCAGUGGAUAGCACCGUGGCCUCACAGCCAGAAUGUUGUGGGUUCAGACCCCGGUUGCCCUGGCCUUUCAGUGUGGAGUUUGUAUGUUUUCUCCGGUUUCUGAGUAACAUUUGCUAACAAC